AUCUUGGUGUAAUUUAUAUAUCUGAUUAUCAAAAGUUCUUGUGUUCAGUAUUCAAAUUUAAUCACUAUGUCUACUUCAACCAGUUCUGGUAGAUCAAAACACAGUGCUAGAAUCGUCCAACAAACCACUGUGGAUGCAAAACUCCAUGCAGAUUUUGAGAAAUCAGGGGAAUCUUUUGAUUACUCUAGUUCGGUGCAUGUUAGCAGCACCGCGGUGGUUAACGAGGAACGUUCCGAUAAGGUGACCACCGCAUACCUUCACCACAUCCAAAAGGGCAAGUUAAUUCAGCCCUUUGGAUGCUUAUUAGCCAUAGAUGAGAAGACUUUUAGAGUAAUUGCCUAUAGCGAAAACGCCCCCGAAAUGCUCACAAUAGUGAACCAAACAGUGCCCCCCGUAGGUGAAUCUCCAGUUAUCGGUAUAGGAACAGAUGUUAGAACAGUAUUUUCCGGUCCCAGCGUGAAUGCGCUGUUUAAAGCCCUAAAAUUUGGGGAGGUAUCUUUACUGAAUCCCAUUUUGGUCCACUGUAAAACAUCCGGGAAGCCCUUUUAUGCGAUUAUCCAUCGGGUAACGGGUAGUUUGAUCAUAGAUUUCGAGCCCGUUAUGCCUAAUGAAGCCCCAACGACAGCUUCGGGUUCUCUACAGUCUUACAAAUACGCGGGCAAAGCAAUAGCUAGGUUACAGUCUUUACCUAGUGGCAGCAUUGAACGACUAUGUGACACGAUGGUCCAGGAGGUUUUUGAGCUCACGGGUUAUGACCGGGUCAUGGCUUAUAAGUUCCAUGAUGAUGAUCAUGGUGAGGUGGUGGCCGAGAUCACUAAACCGGGGCUCGAACCAUACCUUGGGUUACAUUAUCCUGCUACUGAUCUCCCUCAGGCUGCAAGAUUCUUGUUCAUGAAGAACAAGGUCCGGAUGAUUUGCGAUAGUCGAGCCAAAAAUGUGACGGUAGUUCAAGAUAAGAAGUUAAAAUUUGAUUUGACGUUUUGUGGGUCGACCCUCCGGGCUGCACAUAGUUGUCAUCUACAGUAUAUGAAGAACAUGACCUCCAUUGCCUCUUUGGUUAUGGCUGUUGUGAUUAAAGAUGCAGAUGAGGACUGUGAAAACUCUAGUCCUCAAAAAGGGAAGAGGCUUUGGGGCUUGGUAGUGUGUCAUCACACAUCCCCGAGAUUUAUCCCAUUUCCAUUGCGUUACGCGUGCGAGUUUUUAGCGCAAGUUUUCGCUACUCAUGUCAACAAAGAAUUGGAAUUGGAGAACCAGAUUCUAGAGAAGAAUAUCUUACGAACACAAACACUUUUAUGUGAUUUGCUAAUGCGGGAUGUUCCUUUUGGUAUCGUGUCACAAAGCCCGAACAUUAUGGAUCUAGUGAAAUGUGAUGGGGCGAGUCUUUUGUACAAGAAUAAGGUGUAUCGAAUGGGUGUGAGCCCUACCGGGUCUCAGAUUCACGAUAUAGUCUCGUGGCUCUAUGAAUACCAUAUGGAUUCAACAGGAUUGAGUACUGAUAGCUUGUGUGAUGCGGGAUAUCCGGGGGCUCUUGCUCUUCCUGAUGUUUGUGGGAUGGCAUCGGUUAGGAUAACCGAAAAGGAUAUUCUUUUCUGGUUUAGGUGUGGCACGGCUUCGGAGGUUCGAUGGGGUGGUGCAAAACACGAAAAGGGUGAAAUGGAUGAUGGUAAGAGAAUGCAUCCGAGGUCUUCGUUUAAAGCGUUCUUGGAAGUUGUGAAAAAUAGGAGCUUUCCAUGGAAAGAGUUUGAGUUGGAUGCAAUUCACUCAUUGCAGCUUAUCUUGAGGAGUGCUUUGAAAGAGAAUGAAGCUGCAGGUUUGAACUACACGAAGGUGAUUCAGGACGGUUUUUAUGAACUUAAGCUUGAUGGGAUGCAAGAACUAGAAGCUGUCACAAGUGAGAUGGUCCGGUUGAUUGAAACCGCUUCCGUACCAAUACUUGCAGUAGAUGUUGAUGGCUUAAUAAAUGGAUGGAAUACAAAGAUUGCUGAGUUGACCGGUUUGACCGUUGAAGAAGCCAUCGGACGCCAUAUUCUCACACUUGUUGAAGAUUCUUCAGUUGACACGGUCCAAAAGAUGCUAAAUCUGGCAAUGCAAGGAAAAGAAGAAAUAGGUGUGCGGUUUGAAAUCAAAGCAUACGGAUCAAAGAGAGAGACUGGACCGAUCACACUUGUGGUAAAUGCUUGUUCAAGCAUGGAUGUAAACGGAAAUGUUGUGGGUGUGUGUUGUAUUGCCCACGAUAUAACUUACCAAAAGACUAUAACGCACAAAUUCACACGAAUAGAAGGCGAUUACAACGCUAUAGUGCAUAGCCCCAACCCACUGAUUCCCCCAAUAUUUGGAACCGAUGAAUUCGGUUAUUGUUCUGAAUGGAACCAAGCCAUGACAGACUUAUCUGGACUAUCAAGAGAGCAAGUGAUUGGUAAAAUGCUUUUGGGUGAGGUUUUUGGGACCCGUGGAGCAUGUUGUCGGCUCAGUAAUCAAGAAAUGUACAUAAACAUCAGCAUUGUUCUUAACAAAGCUAUGAUUAGUCAAGAGGCAGAAAAGAUUUCUUUCGGGUUCUAUGCUAAAAGUGGAAAUUAUGUGGAUUGUGUGUUGUGUGCUAGCAAAAGGGUGGAUAACGAGGGCACGGUUACCGGGAUUUUCUGCUUCUUGCAUUUACCAAGUAGAGAUCUUGAACAAGUUAUCCGUUUUCAGAGACUGAAUGAGCAAAUUGCAGACAAACGACUUAAAACUUUAGCGUAUAUACGAAGACAGGUCAAAAAUCCACUUUCCGGGAUUAUAUUUUCAAGAAAAAUGAUGGAGGAAACCGAGCUGGGAGAUGAGCAAAAGGAGCUUCUUCACACAAGUGCUUUGUGUCAGCAACAACUCAAUAAAGUACUUGAUGACACUGAUCUUGAUGGUAUUGUAGACGGGUAUUUGGAUCUUGAAAUGGCUGAGUUUACACUCCAGCAGAUCUUAGGGGCCUCCAUGAGUCAAGUAAUGACAAAGAGCAAUGAAAUGGGCAUUCAAAUAGUGAACAAUAUAGCAGAAGAUACGUCGUUUGAGAAACUAUACGGUGAUAGUGUGAGGCUUCAGCAAGUUCUUGCAGAAUUCUUGUCACUAUCAGUCUCUUGUACACCACCUGGCGGCAUCCUCAUAAUCGCAGCCAGUUUGACGAAAAACCAUUUAGUUCAGCAUGUGAAUUUGGAACUAAGGAUAACACAUACUGGAGAUGGGGUGCCAGAGGAGCUGUUAAGACAGAUGUUUGGAAGCAUUUCCGACGCAACGGAGGAGGGAAUAAGCUUGGUGAUUAGCAGAAACCUGCUGAAGAUCAUGGAUGGAGAUGUGCAGUACCUGAGGGAGACCGAGAGGUCGUCUUUCAUAAUAAAUGUUGAGCUUGCCUCUGCUGGUACAAAGAAUACAUGAAAAGACUUCAGGUUAUUCAGAUGGUAGUCGUCUUCAUAUUGUUCUUGUGUUGAUGAACACUAAAGGAAAAUAGAGUGUGAAUAUGUUUAUAUUGUAUUUCUCAAUGAAAAAAGAUAUAAUGCAGAGAAAAAUGUAGAAUUUAUAUAAUGUUUAUGGUCAUAAAGAAAUGAAAAUAGAGGU